AUGGAGGAUGAAAUGCAGCAAUUAACUUGUGCAGUUGCUAGAAAUGAAAAGAUAGAUCCAAUGUCAAUGCAGGUGAAUAGAGGACCAAGCAACCAUGCUUCCACCAGCCAUGAAGAGAACAAGGAAAUCAAUAAUGCAGUUUUGGCCAAAAGGCAUGGAUUCACUGUUGACUCUGGUACUACUCACCAUAUAGCUGCAAAUAAAGAAUUGUUGUUAUCCACAAGUAAGAUAGUUAGGUCAAGUACGGAUAAGGUAAACCUUCCUAAUGGUGCAGAAGUUGACAUCUCACAUACUGGUGAAGCCAUAGUAUUUCGGAAUGCAGCUGUGAAAGAUGUGUUGUUUGUGUCUGAUUCAAGCUCAACCUGUUAUCUUUAUACUGGAAUGGUGAAGGGGAUUGGUAGAGAAAGAGGAGGUCUUUACAUACAUAAAGGUGAAAGUGGAACAAAUGGUUCAUCAGUAGAGCAGACAAAAUUGAUAGCAGGACUGACUAUUAAAGAUGAUAGCUUAUGGCAUCAGAGGCUUGGACAUCACUCUGUUCAAGAGCAUGUGUUUCCAUUUGCAAAUAAGCAGGAAAAGAAUGAUCCAUCAGAUUUUCUGCAACUUCAUAAAGAAUACAGUAAUGGCACAAACUCAGAUACAGCUGAAAAUUAUACAUCUGUAGCCAAUUACCAAUAUUAUGUGGGUAAUUUCUCAGCUCUAGUAGAGCCACAGUAUUUCAGUCAAGCUGCUGCAGAUGAAAGAUGGAGUCAAGCCAUGAAGUUAGAAGUUCAAGCUCUUGAGGACAAUAACACCUGGGAAAUAGUAGACUUGCCACCAGGUAAAAAUGCUAUUGGAUCAAAGUGGGUGUAUAAAAUCAAGUAUAAGGCUAAUGGAGAUGUUGAGAGGUGUAUUAUUGCUUUAGCAGCAUCAAAGGGAUGGUGUUUAUAUCAGAUGGAUAUGUACAAUGCAUUCCUACAGGGAGAUGUAGAUGAAGAAGUAUACAUGAAGUUACCUGAAGGAUUUCAAUAG